UAUCUUUCCAUCAUUUCUAAGCUUGUAAUUAGAUGAAAAAUUGAAAAAGUAAUUUUUUGACUUCUCAUAGAGUUAACUCAGUAACACUUUAGAUCUGAAUUCUAGAAGUUUCUACUUUUAUCAAUCAUUUAAAUAACUAUAUAAGUUUUAAGUAUUGUUAAGUCAAUGAAAUACUCAAUUCAAAAAUAGUCGCUACAAAAACAACCAAAAUGCCGCGAAUUAAUGUUAAGAAAAAAAUUGAAAAAUUAAAUAGUUUUGUUAAAGUUAGCGAUAAAAUGGUUUACUUUAAAAUGUAUCAUUCUUUAGUGCUAAAGGAAUCGUACAAUUAUAUGGACAUUGAGGAUGAUAUAAAGGAAAUUGUAAAAAAAAACUUUAAUGCUAAUUGCGACAUUCACUAUUUAGGAUCUAGAGUUAUCGGACUUGGAUAUAAAAGUGAAUCAGAUUUGGACUUGUUCAUCGACAUUGGAAAAAGAUAUUUCAAGAAUCGGAACUAUAAUAGGGACGUGGAAAUUGUGGAGCAAUUAAAGAGAUUUUUUGAUAAUACUCCUAAAGAAUGGACUUUUAAAAAAUUAAACUACUCAGUUCCUUCGAUAAAAGCAAUUCACAUCAAAACCGGCAUUGUAUGUGAUAUAAGUGUAACAAACGGAUUAGCAGUGCAUAAUUCGAAGUUAAUAGGCCAUUUGUUUAAACUUCAGCCAGAAUGUGUGGCUUUAUUUCAUUAUCUCAAAAAAUGGCUCAAAGUUUUCGAUGUUACUUUUAAAGGAUUUUCUCUAACAUUAAUGCUCAUCUUCUAUAUGCAACACAUUCGUCAACUGCCAUCUAUAUGGGAAGUACAGCAAGGAGUUUAUCCUGAAAUCUUCAUAGAUAAAUAUGCUGUUCAUUUUGAUCCUAACAGAUCCCGAGAUUACUAUGGCAUAACUGAAAUAACAAAUUUUAAGGAACAUAUUAAAGGGUUUUUUGACUUUUACAAUCAUUUCAAUUAUCGAGACUAUAUCAUCUGUGCAUUCAGUGGAAGAUCAAUCAGGAAAGAUUGUUACAUUGACAGAAUUGAUUCUAAAACUCCAGUGACAAUUGCAGCACCACUUUUACGAAGAACAAAUUGCGCAAAAUACAUAACAAAUUUGCAAUUGGCUGUAUUUAAGGAAGCUUGUGAUUUUUCGGUUAAAUAUCUAAAAGAGUACAAACUUCCUCCGCCUUCCAAGGAUUAUGAAUUCUAUAAUUAAAAAAAAAUUAAAUUACUCUUGAGAUUACUUUUUAUUAUUUUUUAAAUUUUUUAAACUUUGUUGCAUUCAUUAGAAUUGAAUAAAAUGCAUCAUGAAGAA